AUGCAGGACCUGGGAAGCUCUAUCCUGGGCCCACCUCCAAGACCUACUCCACUGGCCUGUUCCUCAGCGAUGCCACAAAAGAUUGAAGACCAGCACCAGCUUGUCCCAAAGGCAGUAAUGGGUCUUCUUCCAGGACAGCCUCCUCCUUUCCUCCUCCUCUUCAUCCUCUUCCUCUCCUCCCUUCCUCCCCUCCUCUCCCGCCCUCUCAUCCUCCAUCCUUCUAUUAAUGUAGCAGUAAUGUUCAGUGGCUCUGCUUACCAGAAUGAGGUCAGGGGUCGUUUGAGCAGAGAGAACUUCGCUGAUCUUCCCCUAGAGGUGAACCCGGUCACUGUUCUGGUUAAUGACACCAACCCUCGAGCCCUGCUGACGCGUCUCUGUCAAACCAUGGCCACAGAGAAACUGCAUGGAGUCGUGUUCGAGGACGAUGUGGGAUCAGGAGCUGGACCUCAGGUGGCAGAAGUGGCUCAGAUCCUGGACUUCCUGUCGACUCAGACAGCUCUACCCAUCAUUGGCAUCAGCGGAGGAUCUGCCGUUGUCAUACCUCACAAGGCUGAGGGUUCCACGUUCCUCCAGAUGGGCGCAUCACUGGAACAGCAGAUUGUCUGCAUGUUCAAGUUGAUGGAGGAGUAUGACUGGGGAGACUUUGUAGUCAUCACAAGCAUGUUGCCGGGAUACGAGACAUUUGUGGACUACGUCCGCUCCUACACCGACACUUCCUACUUCCUGUGGAGGCUGCAGGAUAUCCUGUCUCUGGAGAUGUCUAUCGGGACCAGCGACGUCCGCGCCAAACGCAUGUUACAGCAGAUUGAUUCCCAGGUACUCGUAGCCUACUGCUCCCAUGAAGAGGCCCAGUACCUGUUCCAGGUAGCAGGGGAGGUGGGUCUAUUGGGGCCUGGCUACAUCUGGAUCCUCCCCUCCCUCGCGUUGGGCAACACAGAGAGCCCUUCACCUAGCAGCUUCCCCAUAGGAGUGAUUGGCGUCAUCACCGACCAAUGGAGGAAGAGCCUGAGGCAGCGGGUCAGAGAGGGAGUGGCCAUAGUGGCCAAAGGGGCGGAGAGUUUCAAGAGGCAUCAGGGGUUCGUUCCCGAGGGACACAGCGACUGCAACACACCAGUUACACACAUUAACAACAACACACUGUUCAGACACAUGCUGAACGUGACAUGGGAGCAUAAGGACCUGUCGUUUAAUAGUGAUGGUUACCUGACAAACCCUUCCAUGGUCAUCAUCGCUCUGAACAGAGACAGACAGUGGGACAAGGUGGGGACAUUAGAGCGGGGUAUCCUCCAGGUGCGUUAUCCGGUGUGGCCUCGAUAUGGCAGUUUUCUCGAGCCGGUAUCAGAUGAUCGCCACCUGACGGUAGCCACUCUGGAGGAGAGGCCCUUCGUCAUCGUAGAGAACGUGGACCCCGACACGGGAACCUGUGUACGCAACACCGUGCCCUGCCGACGCCAGUCCAACCGCACCGAGAGUCUUGUGGGUCACUCGGAGCCCUACACCAAGCUGUGCUGUAAGGGGUUCUGCAUCGACAUUCUGAAGAAGCUGUCUCGCACCAUCAAGUUCUCCUACGACCUCUACCUGGUCACUAACGGGAAACAUGGGAAGAUGAUCAGUGGCAUCUGGAACGGCAUGAUCGGAGAGGUGUUCUACGGGAAAGCAGACAUGGCCAUAGGUUCUCUCACCAUAAAUGAGGAGCGUUCUGAGAUCAUCGACUUCUCUGUGCCCUUCGUCGAGACCGGCAUCAGCGUCAUGGUUGCCCGUAGCAAUGGGACUGUCUCCCCCUCCGCCUUCCUCGAGCCCUAUAGCCCAGCGGUGUGGGUGAUGAUGUUUGUAAUGUGCCUGACCGUGGUAGCUGUGACCGUAUUCGUGUUUGAGUACUUCAGUCCUGUCGGCUACAACCGCAGCUUGCUCAGCGCUAAAGCGGCAGGAGGUCCUACCUUCACCAUAGGGAAGUCAGUGUGGUUGCUUUGGGGCAUCGUGUUCAAUAACUCAGUCCCCAUCGAGAACCCUAAAGGAACCACCAGUAAGAUCAUGGUGCUGGUGUGGGCCUUCUUCGCGGUCAUCUUCCUGGCUUCCUACACCGCCAACCUGGCUGCCUUCAUGAUCCAGGAGCAGUACAUAGACACUGUGUCUGGACUGUCUGACAAGAAGUUCCAGAAGCCUCAGGAGCACUACCCUCCAUUCCGGUUUGGGACGGUCCCUAACGGCAGCACAGAGAGGAACAUCAGGAGUAACUACCCCGACAUGCACGCACACAUGGUCAAAUACAACCAGAAAGGAGUGGAGGAAGCCCUCAACAGCCUUAAGACAGCGAAGCUGGAUGCUUUUAUCUAUGAUGCUGCGGUGUUGAACUACAUGGCAGGGAAGGACGAGGGCUGUAAGCUUGUGACUAUUGGCUCUGGGAAGGUGUUUGCUACAACGGGCUAUGGUAUCGCCCUGCAGAAAGACUCCCGAUGGAAACGACCAAUUGACCUGGCCUUAUUGCAGUUCCUGGGAGACGGUGACACCCAGCGCUUGGAGACGGUCUGGCUGUCAGGCAUCUGUCAGAAUGAGAAGAACGAGGUGAUGAGCAGUAAGCUGGACAUAGACAACAUGGCCGGGGUCUUCUACAUGCUGCUGGUGGCCAUGGGGCUCAGUCUGCUGGUGUUCUCCUGGGAACAUCUACUCUACUGGAAACUUCACAAGGAACUAGACAAGUCUCCCAGGAUGGACUUCCUGCUCGCCAUCAGCAGGGGUAUCUACAGUUGCUUCAACGGGGUGGAGGAACCAGACCUCCCUAACCUGGCCAACCCAGACCUGACAGCUAACUAUGCCCAGGCUAACAUGCUCAAGAUGCUACGCACUGCUAAGGACCUGGUUAACUCCGCCCAAGUCGAGACCUCACUGGACCACGCCACCAAGACCAUAGAACACUGGGGACGCCAUGGCGGCAGCCUGCCAGUCCACAUUCCGCAGCAAGGCACCAUGGAAACAGUCCCGGGAGGGUUCGCUUAUGUCACAGAGAAUACACACCCGCCCCCCGAGCGCCCCCUCAGCCCACAAUACUGCACGCUGGGUGUAGUGACAUCUGUGAACCAGCAGAGGGGGCUGGCGAGACCCACACCGCUACGAUACACGCUCCCGGCUCGUACUUCCUCUCUCUACGACAGACCACUUCCUGUUUCUAGUCUCAUUUGCCCUCACCUUGACCUGGCUGGGGGGGACCGCCUCUCUUCUUGCCCUCACCCCUCCACAGGUAGGCUCUAUGUGGACCCCCAACACCUUUCCCACCCCCGCUCUCCCUUCAUCCCCUAUAGUGAGCUCCAGCUCCCAGACAUCUACCUCUCCUCUCAUCCACCCUCUGCUGUCUCCCAUCCCCCCCACACAGAGCCCUCCAAGAGGAAGAGAAAGAGCAAGAGCCUCCUCUCAGGGGAGACAGGAAGAGGAGGAGGACAGAGGAGGCGGCGCAGGGAGGAGAAGACGGUGUGCCUGGCUGAACUCCGGGCCAACCACCUCCAGGAAAACCACGUCUCGCCCCACAUGCCUGACUCCCUGUACCCAGGAAAGGUGCUCUGUCCUGGGGAAGAGGGCUGCGGUGGCUCCUGGCCUCUUCCUCUGGAGGAGCUCGUCCUAGCAGGCAGACGGCGGCUCCACCGACGGCCAUCUUUCCUUCGAGCCACCUGGGGCAGCGAGCAGAUUCGCCUGCCGGACGAUACUCCGCCUACAUCCCUCGAUAGCCAAUCACAUUCUGCUUUACCAGACUUAUUUCCCUGCGUCAUGGUCGACCAAGAAACUCCCACUAAACUCUACAACCCCACCCCGUUCCGGAACAACCUAUGCUAUCCUGCCGCCUCACCCCGCCAACAUGCCUAUCUUCAUAUAAGGCAGGACCAGAGGAAAGGAAACUCACGUAAGAAGCUGCGGCACUCACACUCCACCCACCUGCCCACAUACAGGGAGGUCGUGCUGGGGGGCCAGGAAGGGGGAGGUGGGGUAGGCCUGGGGGUGGUCCGGAGAACCACCAGCCUGCUCAGCAGACAGUACAACGACUAUCUAACCUCCUACCCUGGGCUGCCUCUAUACCACAGCCCCCUCAACCUCCAGGCCCAUUCCCCGGCGUCCAGCAACCACCCCAGCCCCGGUACCUACCGUAUCCCCAGCCCUGUAUGCCAGCUCCUGGCCUGUGGAGGGGGCUGUCGAAGUCAGAGGGGGUUGUUGUACCAGGACAGUCUGUAUGGAGCCUAUGGAGCCUAUCGAGGGGCCCAGGAUCCGGCCUUAGAGCCCCAGAGAGAAGAGGGCUCGGUAGGGUUGAGGUCUGAGGACAGACCCUGUGUGACUCGGCCCUGGGGAAAAGUCUCUAGUCUGGAGUCAGAGGUCUGA